CUCCCUCGCUCGGUCCACGUGCGUCGUCGGGAAAACCGUCGUCUUUGUCGGAAGUUGCUCACUCCGAGGUGGUGCUUUGAGGCAGCGUGUACGCCGGGGUCAUCUGUGAUUUUUUUUUUCCACCUCACGCGUUUUCGGGCAUUUUAACACUGCAGGGUAAGCCAUGCCAUCAGUUCCCUCCACCAAAGAGGCCGUGGUCAAGGCCCCUGUGUGCCCCCACGCCACCAAACUACUCAACCACACCAACGGAGACACCAAACUUGAUGCUCCAUUCCCAUUGAACGGCGUUGAUAAGCUACACGCGGUGGAACCCGAAGAAUCCAACAGGACAAUUCAGAUCAACACAAAGAACACUAGUCCUGAUAGGAAGUGGAUCCGGCCUGACCUUCCCAGCCGCUGCAAGUGGAGCCUAGACGCCUCACAAGCAGACAACCCUCACACACGAGUACCAAGAUCCGUCGCGCCAGCCAUCCUUCCAAACAUCCUGCACAGGAUCGGCGAUACGCCCUUGGUACGCAUCAACAAGAUCCCCAAAGUAUAUGGACUCAAGUGUGAAAUACUGGCAAAGUGCGAGUAUUUCAAUGCAGGUGGUAGUGUAAAGGACAGAAUCAGCCUGCGGAUGGUAGAGGACGCAGAGAGAGCUGGGAUCUUGAAACCCGGAGAUACUAUUAUAGAGCCCACAUCUGGAAACACUGGGAUCGGUUUGGCCCUGGCUGCAGCGGUGAAAGGCUACCGCUGCAUCAUCGUCAUGCCUGAGAAAAUGAGCAUGGAGAAGGUGGACGUCUUAAGAGCUCUUGGAGCUGAAAUUGUGCGUACGCCCACCAGCGCUCGCUUCGAUUCACCGGAGUCUCACGUCGGUGUCGCCUGGCGCCUCAAAAAUGAGAUCCCCAACUCUCACAUCUUGGACCAGUACCGCAACCCGAGUAACCCUUUGGCUCACUACGACACUACAGCGGAGGAGAUCCUGGAGCAGUGCGACGGUAAAAUUGACAUGCUGGUGGCAGGAGCCGGCACAGGAGGGACCAUCACAGGCAUCGCCCGCAAACUGAAGGAAAGAUGCCCCAACAUCAAAAUUGUCGGUGUCGACCCUGAAGGCUCCAUCCUGGCCGAGCCCGAGGAGCUCAACAAGACUGAUAAGACCCAGUAUGAGGUAGAGGGCAUCGGGUAUGACUUUAUCCCCACUGUCCUCGACAGAUCCGUGAUUGACAUGUGGUACAAGUCGGACGAUGAUGAGUCCUUCAACAUGUCUCGCAUGCUGAUCAGAGAGGAGGGACUGCUCUGCGGAGGCAGCUCUGGGACGGCGAUGUCUGCUGCUGUAAACGUAGCCAAAGAGCUGAAGGAGGGUCAGCGCUGCGUCGUCAUCCUGCCAGACUCCAUCCGAAACUACAUGUCAAAAUUCCUGAGUGAUAAGUGGAUGGUUCAGAAGGGCUUCCUGAGCGAGGAGGACCUCAUGGUGAAGAAACCAUGGUGGUGGAAUCUGAAGCUCCAGGGUCUGAACUUGUCCGCCCCCCUCACCGUCCUGCCCACCGUCAGCUGCCAAAAGACCAUCAAGAUCCUGAAAGAGAAGGGCUUCGACCAGGCGCCCGUGGUGGACGAAGCUGGGUUGAUCCUGGGCAUGGUGACUUUAGGGAACAUGUUGGCCUCCAUUCUGGCAGGGAAGAUCAGGCUGUCCGACCCAGUCAGCAAAGUGCUCUACAAACAGUUCAAACAGAUCCGUCUGACUGACAACUUGGGAAAGCUGUCUCGCAUCCUGGAGACUGACCACUUUGCUCUGGUGGUACAUGAGCAGAUUCAGUAUUUGACAGACGGCUCCCCCAGCCUGAAGCAGAUGGUGUUCGGCGUGGUCACGGCCGUCGACCUGCUCAACUUCGUCACGGGCCGGGAGAGGAGGGAGCGAUCUCUGUCAGAGUCCACCGACGAGCUGAACUGAAACACCCCAAACAAACUUCUUCACAUUUCUUCCAUAAACGCAAAGACAGCUUAAGAAAACAAGUCUUUAAGAUAACAAAAAUACAAUCUUUUGACGUUAUUGAUUUAGUUUGCCAGCUUUAUUCCACUUCCAUCAUUAUGAUUCAUAUUUUUAUGUUUGAACCGAAGUCUUAAGCAAAUAUGUUUUACCAAUAUUUCAACCUUUGAUGGGAUUACUUGAUUAUUAUUACUUAUUAUAUUUGCUUUUAGAGCUUAAAGCAAAUCUUUUGUAAGUAUAAACAUGUAGAAAGUUUUUAGUUUUGUAUCAGAGUCUUAAAUAGACGGCUCUGUUUGUUUUUGUUUGUCUGGAACAUUCAUGAUUGUUUCACUGUUGCCUUGUGUAUCAAUCAAACAUCAAUUAUAAGACAUAGACUAGUAUAAAAACCAUAUUCAUCUCAUUAUGCAAUUUAAAGAAGUAGGUGGUUGCUGUAUAUAAGCAUAUUAUUCUUUCAGUGCUGCUUAUCACUGCUUCAUUUGUGUAUAUGUACACAAAAAUGCAGAGUGUAAUCGUAUUUUUUUGAAAAGAAGAAAAAACCUAUCCUUUCCCUUUCCUCUUCCAACACAUUGUCUGUGAUGUGAAUGUAAAGUUGUCUUGACUAUUUAAUCUUAGCUCUGUCUGAGAGAAAUGUUUUGUAUCGCAUCAUUUUUUUUUUUCCUUAAUGAAUAUGUAUGAUUUUGAAUAAAGUUUAAAGGAAGUCUAA